UGUAUUCACUUCCGUUUGCACGUUUACGUUUUUCUAUCCGUUCGUUAGCGCUUUCAUCUUCUUUUUUUUUACACUGUAUUAUAUAUCGUACGAUAUGCACUUUUAAAUAGAAAUUAAACGAAUUCUUGAUCUGUGUUUCACGUUAUCACGCGGACAUUAAUUCUUUUUUUACUUAUGAGGAAAUCAAUUUUUGAGAGUAAUAUAUUUGGAAGACUUUCGGUGUCAGGUUGCGCUCGUACACUUCGAGAUCGUUUCACUAAUAACUUGUAAUAAAACCUGAAAAAAAGAAAAAAAAAAGCGAAAAAGAAAAACGUACAAGACGCUGUACUUGCCGGUAUCACAGUGCAUGGCAUUUUAUGACAGAUUCGCACGGUAAGACUAAGGCAAAUUCGACCGUCGCGUUAAAUCAACCCCGGAGAAGCAGCACGUCGACGAUAAACGCGACGAUAAUGAUAAAAGAUGACACGGACAACGUAUCGGACAGUGACGCGCAGUCGGUCAUAAACGCAUCGAAAAUUGAUAUAACCGCAAAGAAUUCGCUCAAGUCUCCAUGGAAGGACGAAAUGGCAUUGCAAAAUGAUCUCAGCUCCGAGGAGGACUCGAACAUUCUUCCUCGCGCAACCCCAAUUGUCGGUUCUAAGAAGUCUGUCAAGAAGAAAAGCAUGACACCCAGCCAUAUCGUUCGAAAGAUUUCAUCAAUGAGAAAGAAUUCGCCAAUGAUGGAGCGCUCGAUACAAAGAUCCAAUCAAAGCUCAUUGCACAAGUUGUCGAGUAAAAAAAAGUCAUCGAAGUAUCAUUGGUCCGGUACGUUCCGUACUAGAAAGAAUCUGUUCCACAAAAACAUGCGUGAUAAUACGGUUUUUUUGCUGCACGAUGACGUGUCGGAGGAGAACGAUCAGCUGACGGCUUACAAUUACAACUGCGAGAACUUCGCGAAAAAGAAAUUCACAGACAACGGGGACAUUUACUACCCGAACGAGUUCGAUUCGCAGACGAGCGACGACUCGGAAAACAAGUGGAUUGGCUGCCAGCCUUGUAUUGACAUUUGCACGAAUGAAUAUGAUGGAUCUGAUAAUUUUAAAGACUACGUUAUCCAAGAAGAUGACGGCGCGUUGCCAGGAGCGACUUUUGACGUUAAUAUAAAUUUCAGAAGAAUGACAGAUAUAGAUAAUAAAGAUAAUAGCACGUGUAACAUUGACUCACGUGCAAACGAACAAAACAAUUCUACCGUUCUACAUUCUCCGUUUGCCCAUUCUACGACAAUCCUUUCGCCAAAGAUCGAAUCGAACGGCACAAAAGUAAUUCGAGAUAUUGAGAGGAAAUCUAAUGUUCGAUCACGACGUUUUGAAGCGUGGUGCCUUUUACUGUCUUUUCUCAAAAACGUUUUCUUGUUCUUGCUAUUACCGGCGAUAUAUAUUACAUUUUUUAUUUAUGUGCAACGAGCAGGAAAUUGAAAAGUGAAGUAACAUGUAAUUGUAACAUGUCCACAGUGCGAGUCAAAUACGUUUAAACGCAUUUUAAAUUCUACUUAGUGAUUUUAGUUUUAUGUUAUUUUAUUUAUUAUAAUUUUUAUAUAGUUUUAUUAUUAUAGAAUUUUAUAGAUUUACUGUACAGAAUAAUUCUUAGUAUGUCAGAAAAUUAUUUAUGUAAAAAGUUUGUUGGAGAAUACUAUUGCAUAAUUUUAAUUACACGUUAAAAGUACAUUCCUUCGAGAGUUGAGCACUUGUGUCGUUUGAGCUUGACUGUAUGCUUGGCUGUUUGAAGUGUCUUGCCGAAUACACUAAUUCUGUGUGUGCUAUGAUGUUACAUUUUAUAGUUUUGCAAUAUACACAUCGCAGAAACAUUCCGUAGCGAUACUUUACGCAGCACUCGUUCUAAUCGCGUAAAAUCGUAUUUUAAAUAAAUGAAUUCGCUACGACGUAUAAUAUUUGCAUAACUAUCAUAUAUAAUUUUAAAGUGCGCGUCACCAUUUUGUUAAUGUUACUAGUGUUUGUAAGCUAGCGAUUUUGUAUACGACCAUGUACAGUUUUACGAUUACACGUAAUAUAAUUAUAGCGUAGCGAAAUAAUGUAAAAUUACCUCAUGUGCCUAUAUAUCUGCACACUAAAAGUCACACUGCAUUGUAUACAUUACCGCAUUAUAAAAGAUACUUGAUGUAAUACUAGAAAACC